AUGAACCGCUUCCUCAUCGCUUCCCUUCUCAUCGUCGCCAUCUUCGCUCUGUCCGGAGAGGCUGCCCUUGCUCAGCAGCAAGUCAAGGUACGGACAUAUCUUUUAGUUCAGAUUGGAUAGGAUCAUCUGAUUUUACAGGCCGGAUCGGAAGUUACCGUCGAUGCCUUCACCGGAGCCAAGGCGAUCAAGAGAACUGUGCCAGCUGGAGAGCAAAUCUUCCACCUAGAGGGAGCCAACAAGGGAUCGUUCGUUGACGCCAAGGGAAAGAAGAUCGAAUCGAGCAACUACGCGGUCAAGAACGGAGUCCUAGUCAUCAAGAAGUUCACCAAGGCCGACGUUGGAUCUUACUCGGAGCACCCAGCUGUGAGUUUGUCGUUUGAAGUGGACAGAACGCAAACGUGAUUUCAGAAGAACGUCCAGACCAAGGUCGCUGGAGGAGUCUCCGCAGUUCCAGGACUCACUCUCAACAUCUCCCUUGAGUAA